AUGGAGAAGAAGAAGAUCGUACAGAUCUUGCUACUCAUCCAAUCGUUGCUAACACCGCUAGUACUAGCCCAGUCAAUUCAGAUCAGAGAUGAGUUAGAAUCAAACCAAUGCUCGUUGCCUCAAACCAAAGCGCAUUCGCAAACCCCCUUGACUUCAAAGCAAAUUUGUGUUUAUAUUGAACAGAAUUGCGAUACUUUAUAUUUCAAGAUUGCACAAGUAUACUAUUGCAAUUAUCACACAGUUUCCUCACUCGUCUUUAUAUCCUCGGUGAUCAUCUUUGCAUUAUGCCUCAUCUUACUCGCACUAAGCAUUCUUGUUUCCAACUACUUGUUUAGAAACCUAAACGAGUUGACAACAAAGUUUGGCUUGAAUAACCAAAUCUUGAGUUUUAUCUUGAUCCCAUUGACCAAUUCCUUUCCUGACUUGAUCAACUAUUUCGUAGUGUUGAAAUCGGGAAGUUCAAAUUUGGUCAUUGGCCAAUUAAUGGGCAGUUUAUUAAUUAUGUUCACAUUGAUUAUUGGGCUUAUUGCAAUCCUAACAAAGAGCUUUACUGUCGAACACCCCAAACUAUUAAUUAUUGACCUUGCAUGGAUCUUGGUUGUAUUGAUUUUGUUUUCAUACAUUUUGUCAGACGGAAAGAUUACACAAUUGGAGUGCAUAAUCAUGAGCGCCGUUUAUGUUGCAUACAUUGUGUUUCUUAGCGUUUUUGAUAAAGACAAAUUGAAAAAUUACGACGAAGAGUUGGUAAUUUGCCACGAGGAUCACGAUCAUGUACUUGAACAGCCAUAUAAUAUUGAAGAUGCACUAAGUAUAAUAUCAAACGAGGAACAUACAGGAUAUGGCUCAAUCACAAGUCGAUCGAGGACACCUUCACCUGUUAAUUCACCGUUGAAUUCUCGAUGCUCUUCACCAUUGCCGUCACCAUCACCAACAUCAACAUCAAUGUCGAUCUCAAAGUCAACACCAUUACCACUAAUUGAUGGUAUGGAGACGCAGAAUGCAGAGACUUUGAAAACUGGAGAUUCUUCAAAAGACGAUGAUUACUUACUGGUUAAGUAUGUACCAAAAAGAGUUGUGUCUGCUUCUGUAUCGCCUACAUCACUGCCCCCACUGGCGUUACUGCCAGCACCUCAAGUUUAUCAACAACAAACACCUCACCCAGUAUCAAGACAAUGUCUGUAUCAAUACCAACAACACAAUGCCCAUUUCAGUAACCCCAAACUCAUUCUCACACAUUCAUUCCAAGCAAUAUGCAACUGCAUAGACUUUGUUCUCAUUUUUCUCGUCCCAUUCCACAGGUGCAUCGAGCAAGAAGAUUGUCAAUGGAAAAGCAAAAUUCGACAUAACAGAUUCACCGCGAUUUGGUACUAUAUCGAAAUCCCUUUAUUAUUCAACUAUCAAUUCUUUGAAACCAGAUGGCAGUAUCUUGUACCUGCUAUACUUUUUUCACUUCCACUUGCAAUUGUUGCCUCGACAUAUCUCAACCAUGAUGCUAAACUUGUCAUUACUUCAAUCACAGGAAUCAUUGCAAGUCUUGUUGUGAUUUCAAACAUUUCCAUUUACAUCCUUCAAAUACUCAAGAAUCUUGGGUUAAUGUGGAAAAUAUCAGAUUAUCUAUUGGGAAUGAUGGUGUUUGCAAUAAGCAACUCCAUCAAUGACGUUAUAACUAAUAUUACAUUAUCGACAAAGAUUAAUCCAAUAUUGGGUAUCAAUUCAUGUUUGGGAACACCAUUAUUGAUUAUAUUGUUGGGAGUUGGGUUCAAUGGUUUAAUGGUGAUUCAUAACGCAUCAUCUCAAGGACAUGGAUCUGGUAAUGGUAAUGGCAAUGGUGUUGACUUUUUAAGUGGGAUAGGGCGUCAUUCUAUCCACUUUGACCUCAAACCAAGUGUAAUCUUGGAUACAACUGCACUAAUUUUCACCAUCACGUUUAUCUUGAUUUAUUUGCCGUGGAAUAAAUGGAGAAUGGAUGUGAAGUUGGGUGUGAUCUUAAUAUCAUGGUAUUUUGUGGUUACGUUGAUUAAUUUAUACUUGGAAUAG